UGUUACGCGAGUUACUACAUUUACAUUACAGUAAAAUAUACACUUCAAAUAAAAAGAUUUAGUCGCUUUGAAUACUUACUUAGAAUUAUUCCUAAGGAUGGCAGAGCGAGGAGCGCAUCUGACAGGAACUGCGUUUGCUAAACCUUCAAUUUUUGAAAUAGCUGCUCAUAAAACACUUGCAGCGACACUAGAACCUGCUGCUAAAAAAAUUAUUACGGUUUUAGUAUCUGCCAAUCCUGAAAAAUAUGCUUGGCUGCACAAGUGGUCGGAUGAAGUAUAUCUCGUAUUCAUUGCUGCUCUUCAAAACUAUUACCUUCGAAAUUAUUCUGCCUCGUUUUCAGAAACAUUUUACGGCUUAAAACGUGUUGUUUUAAGAAACUCUGAUAUCCCAUCAAAGCUUGAUAAAAAAAGACUAAAUGUUUCUCUUAUAAUAUUAGUAAUUUUUCCAUAUUUACAAAGAAAACUUGAAAAUUGGGAUAUUCAUAGUAGAGAAUGCCAACAAAAAAAAUGGAAAGCAUAUAUCAUCAAAACAUACAGAUUUUUAAAUUUCACAAAAGAAGUAUUAACCUUUUAUCAGUAUUUACUUUAUCUAUCAAAUCGUUCAGAGUAUCCAACUCUCUCUCUUCGUUUUUUGUCAAUAUCAUUAACAUAUGCAAGUAAUAGUGAAGAGAUUGGAUUGAUUGAAUUGUUAAAGAAAUUGGGACAAGGAAAUUUCAGUGCUAGUGAUGGAUUAGAUUUACUUAGGCUUUCAAUUGUUCGUUCCAUUGAAUUCAGUGCUUUCUUUUUACAAUUUCUCCAAUGGUGGAACCAAGAACACUACUAUGAUUUAAACUUCACAUCACUUCCAGUCCCACCUCCACCACAAAUUCCAGAUGUUGCAAAACGAUAUAAAGGAAUAUGUCCGAUUUGUCAAAAGCCUCCUUGGAUACAUACGGCUGUAAUAACAUCUGGGUUUGUUUAUUGUUAUCAAUGCAUUUUACCAGAAGUUAGAAAAACCCAAAAAUGCCCAGUAACUGGUUACCCAGCCAAAGAAGAUCAUCUUAUAAGACUUUAUGUACAGUAAUAUUUGUUAAUAAGUUGUGAUAUACUUAGAGCCUGUAUAUUUUUUAUAAACUAUGGUACGAGGUGUGUUUGUUACCUAUCAACAGAAAUGACAAAAUUUUGUUUGAUAUUAAAAUUUAAGGAACAUUCCUAAAAAUGAAUACAUGAAA